AUUUAAUUAGAUUUCGUAGAUCCAAUAAUCUUAAAAAUAAAAGUAUAUAUAUAUUAUCGCAUGUUAAUGUAAAUGUAAAGAAAAAUAUUUCCUUUAUUUUUGUGUCAAUUUAAAUAUUAAUUUUACAGCUCUUUAUACUUUAUACUAAUACUUAUAAUAUUUAUGAUAGGCAAUUAUAAUACAAUAUAUAAUAUAUUAUAUUUAGAAUAAAUUUAAUUUUGUUAUUGAAUUAUUUAUGUUAUGUUGAUAAUAAAUUUUCUAAAUAAAUUAAUAUAAGAAAUAAUAUUAUAUUCUGUUAUAUAAUCAACUUAGAUUUCCCUAGAUUUUAAUUAUGUUUUUAAUUUUGAUUACUUUCAAUAUGGAUUAUGAUUCAGUAAUUCUUUAAACCAUACAUAUAUGUUUAUUAUAUAUAUAUUUUUGAUAAUUUUUCAAUGAUUUUUAAUUGACAUAAUAUUGUUAAAAGAACAUAAUUUUUAAUUUAUAAUUUUUUCAUUAACAUGUUUUUAAAUACAAUUCGCUAUUGUUUAAAAAAUAUAAAAGCACAAACACAAUAUAUUUAUAAAAUGAAUUAUUCUAAUAUUAAAAAUUUUGAUAAAUAUAAAACUUUAACAAUAUCUGUACCAAAAGAAUUUGUUUUUAUGAUACAGUUAAACAGAUCUGAAAAACUUAAUGCAUUAAAUGAUGUUAUGUGGAAAGAAUUUAAAAUUUGCUUCAAUGAAUUAGCUACAGAAUCAGAAUGUAGAGUAAUAAUUUUGUCAGGUAUUGGCAAAGCAUUUUGUGCAGGUAUUGAUGUGCAAAAUAUGAUGAAACUUAGUCAAGAUUUAAUAAAACAUGAAGAUAUUGCACGAAAAUGCAAGAUUAUACGAUUAAAGAUAAAAGAAUAUCAAGAGAGUUUUGAUGCAAUAGAAAAAUGUCCAAAACCAGUAAUUGCAGCUGUACAUGGUGCAUGUAUUGGAGCUGGUGUGGAUAUGAUAUCUGCAGCAGAUAUACGUUAUUGUUCUUCAGAUGCAUGGUUUCAAAUAAAAGAAGUUGAUUUUGGUAUGGCUGCUGAUAUUGGUACAUUGCAAAGAUUUUCCAAAAUUAUAGGUUCUGACAGUUUAAUAAGAGAACUUGUAUAUACUGCAAGAAAAUUUUCAGCUGUUGAAGCUGCACAACAAGGUUUUGUGAGUUGUUUAUUUGAUAAUCAAGAAAGUUUAUUGAAUGGUUCAAUAAAACUUGCAGAAAAAAUAGCAAGUAAAAGUCCAGUUGCAAUACAGGGUUCAAAAUUAAGUUUAAUUUAUUCAAGAGAUCAUACUGUUCAAGAAGGUUUGGACCAUAUUGCCAUGUAUAAUCAGAGUAUGCUUCUAAGUGAAGAUUUUAUAAAUGGAAUUAUGUCACAAGCUACUAAAAGUGAUCCUCCAAUAUUUUCUAAAUUAUAAUAUUGAAAUUUUAUGAUAUAUAUGAAAUUAUAUAUGAACUUAUAUUUUAUAUAUAUAUAAUAAUAUUAUUCUUUAAUAUUAUUCUCCUUAAAAAAAAACUAAGAAAUGUUUUAUAAUUUAUUUUUAUAAUUAUUUUAAUACUAACAUAUUUUUGAUAUUUGUUGAUUAUGUAUUUUUUUAAAGUAAAUUGUAUAUUAAAAAAAAUGACUAUUAAGUCAAUAAAAGAUUCUCCAAUUUA